UUUUAUUUUAUUUUAUUUUUUUUAAUACAAAAAAAGUUGAAUUGAUCAAUUUUACACUAUUCAAUCAGUAUUAUGCCACAUAAAAGAGCAAAAGCUAGUGUUCGUAAAGCAAGAAAGGCUGAGGUUGACUUACCAGUAAAGAAAGAUGAAACGAGUAAUGAUGAUACACCAAAGGGAUUUUUCCGUUUAUUAAAAUUUAAAGAAAUGGCUUUAAAAAAACAAAAGGAGAAAAAAGAAGCAAAAUUAAAUCGUGAAAGAAAUGAUGAACAAAAUAAGCUUUCAAUUCAACCAGGUGAAAAAUUAAAAGAUUUUGUACAAAGAGUAGAGUUUGAAUAUCAAAAGGAUGUAAUAUCAGCACAAAAAGCAGCAAAACCGAUAAGUGAUAGAAAAAAGCGUAAUCGUGAAUUACGAAAACAAAAAUUAGCUGCAAAGCGUCAAAAAGAAUUAGAAAUGUAUGGUGGACGUGAUUUUGAUGAUUUGAAAGAUAAUGUUAAAUUUGGUGAAGUAGCUGAUGCGCCACCUGUAUUUAAUAAAUUACCAAAGGCACGCGGGCGUGGUAAAGAGAUGCUUGAGUCUAAAACUAAACAAGCUAUUUCAUCGUCAUCUGGCACCGAAAAGAAAGAAACGGGUUAUGAAUCAGAAGAAGAUGAAAACAUGAAAUUACUAAAGGCAUCACAUAAACGAAAACUUCAAAAUAUGAGUGCAGCAGCACGUAUACAAUUAGAAAAUGAGCGUGAAAAGGCGAUUGAAGCGUAUCGAGCAAAGAAAGCGAAGAAAAUGAUGGGAUCUGGAUUCUAAUGUUUUUGUGUAUAAAUAACUAUAUUUUUUUCUAAAAUUAAAACAAUAAAUAAUUAAAAGCCGCUGCUGUCAAAUUUAAUAUUUCAGGGCAGUAAUCUAUAAACGUAUGGAUUUUAUCGGAACAAAAAGAGAUAUCAGAUUCUAAUUUUGAUAACAAACAAACGAAUAUUAUUCGUUUUAAAGAUCUAGACCAACUUCUUUGAACUACCGUCAGUCUAAGAAAGAUUUUUUUUUUGUUCUUAGACGCAUAAAAUAUCUUUAUUUUUUCCCCUCUUCUUCU